AUGGCGACUUCUACAAGCGUUGCACCUGAGGCAUCUGUCAGAUGUGGAGUGCGGGCAGGGAGAGAGCAUUGGACUAACAUUAAAGUUGGACGUGAAAAGAGAAAUGGACCUGGGGUUCAGCAGUGGUCUGACGAAUCUAAAUAUGAAGGAGAAUUUGUGAAUGAUUUGAAGCACGGCACAGGAGUCUUCACCUGGACAAAUGGAGAGUUUUAUGAUGGCUCAUUCUACAAAGAUUAUCGUCAUGGAAAUGGGACUUAUUCCUGGCCAGCAGGCUUCAAAUUUGUUGGAAAGUUUUAUUUGAACCGGAAGGAGGGCUAUGGCAUUCAGACCUUCCCUGAUGGCACCACCUUUCAGGGGUUGUACCAUGCAGACGAGCGCUUUGGGCCAGGUGUGGUGACAUACCCAGAUGGACAUCAGGACGUGGGUCUGUGGCACCGGGAGAGGCUGCUGAGGCUGUGCACUGCUCUGGAGGGGGGCUUCACUCUCCAGGCCUUCCCAGAACACAUGGCUCAGAUCAACUGCAAGAAGGAGCCUAAGAACCAGUCCCAGAGCUCAGCCAAGGGGCCAGAGACCAAGGCCAAGCCUGGCACCAGGGGGGUUUGCAUGGACCCACUUCUCUCUCCUUACCAUGAGCUGCUGCAGGACGAACGCUUCAUCCUGCCCCCAGACAUGCACCGCUACUCCACAGACUCGGACCACCUGCCUGUGCCCUGGGGGCUGCGUAAGGAGCUGGACCUGCAAUUCUUCGGCGAGCACUGUGACAACCCAGACACUAACCCUGAUGUCUCAGCAGCUUUACCACUGCAGCAGCGCAUGCAGGCUCACAUCCAUAGACACAGGUUUGAGGUGGAGGCCCUGGACUGGGACGUGGAGGCUGUUCUGUCUGAGAACCGGCAAAGGUUUGGCCCUAAGGGAUCUCUGGAGCUCAACUCAGAGGGCCUCAUCCAGGAGGCCUCGCUGGGUGACCCGCAGAGUGUCUAUCGCAUCCUACGGGAUGGUAAGAUACACCCUGAUGUUGGCGAUGCCCGAGGACACACAGCACUCAUUGCAGCUACGGUCAACUGCCAUAAUGAUGUGAUCCACCUGCUCCUGGACAGCGGAGCAGAUGUGAACAAGCUCAACUGUGAGGGCAUGUCUGCUCUGGCUGUUUGUAAUGUCCUGUACUACCCAAUCCAGUCACUCCAUGAGACAGUUGCAGAGAAGGUCCCACAAAAGACCCACGCAAAAUCACAGGCUGUCAAAGCCCGGUCCCCAUCAGUGAACAGUCCUCAGAGCAGCAUAGUGGAAGCCACCAAAAACAGAGCCCAGACCACCAAACAGGCUGACCAGCCCAAUCAGGCUGACGACACUGCUCCAAAGGGCCACACCAACCAGGCUGAUAACGAGGCUAUGGACCGUGGCCAGUGUAAUGACAGUCAAGUGUCCCUUUACAAUGGCCAGGGUUAUUGUCAGGAAGAGGCUGACCAGGAUGAGGAUGAGCAGUACCUCCAGGAAUGCAGUGACCAGGCUGCCCUGGACCUAGACCGCAUGGACAUGAUGGUGGUGAGGGAAAGGCGCUCCAUCCAGGUGCUGGAUGGAAACAUCCCACUGGGCUGUGUCCCCUGGCAUGAGGGUGGUGGCUCUUAUGAUCUGACCCAGCAGCAGGAGGAGGGAGAGGCCGGGUCAGAGGAGGACCGGAGGAGGAGGGAGAGGAGAGGCAGCCUUAUGGCUGACCCAGCGUUUGACUCGACCCGCUCCCUGGCCAGCUUCCACAUCCAUGUCACAGAGGAGGUCAUGCAGAAGACGGCCGAGGCCUUAAGCCGAUCGGGCCUGGUACCACAUGCUGACACCCAGGAGACCGUCCGCAAGAUGGCCCUCAUGAAGACAGAGCACAGGGGAAGGUGGACCACCAUGAAGCUGCUACUGGACAGGGGAGCAGACCCUAACGCCUCCAGUGUGCCCAUGCCUGUCCUCUUCCUGGCCAUCAAGGCAGGCCACAUCCAAGCUGUCAGGCGUCUGCUGGAGUGUGGAGCACGCACUGAUAUGUGCCUGCCUUCAGAACAAAGGGGUUUCUACCCCCUGCACAUCGCUGCAGCUCUCCCCGGGGCAGAGGGCCCCAAAAUCACUGAGCUGCUGCUGCACGCCGUGGCAGACCCAGAUGUCACUGCCCAAGACGCUCACGAGGUGUUUAAGCUGGACAAGAAUGCUAGGGAGGUUGUGUCACUGCUCCUCUCCCACAAGGCAAGCACCAAUCUCCUGUGGAGUGGCCACUCUCCCCUCUCUCUAGCUAUCGCUAGCGGCAACGACUUGGCUGUUGAUGAGCUGUUGGCUGGGGGUGCUGACCCCAACCUCCCCCUGACCCGCCGGGUGGGCAGUGCCCUCUGUGCCAUGACCAAUAUCAGCUACGACUGUGCGGCUCACCUCCGCAACAGAACCAAGCUGCUGGAGAAACUGAUGAAGGCUGGUGCCAACAUACUGAUGCCAGUGGUGGUUGGUGAGGGCCGCAGGUGUGCUGUGGGCACCGCUGUGGACUACGCCCACUAUGCAUUUCACCAGGACUGGCGCAUCGCCCACACCCCGUACCAUGCCCUGAACCAGAGGGAGAGAGAGGCAUACAAUGCCCGCAGACAGAUCCUCAGCGUGAUGGGAGACCUGCUGCGUCAGGCAGUCAUCAGGAUGGAGAGACAACGUGUAGAGAGGGAGCAGGGCCUGGGCAUCAGCAGUGUUAGUCCCACAGAGAAGUUUGUGUACACUGGAGCAGGAGCCACUCCUCCCUGGAACAAGGCAGCCAGAGCAAUUCUCUCUGAGGAGCAGGACAGCACAGACUCUCUCCCUCAGCAGAUAGAACAGCAGCAGAGGGCAGAGCAGAGGAAGCCCCUGUUUAAAUACUGCUACCAGUGUGGCCGUUCUGUGGGUGUGGUCCUGAUCGCCUGCAGCCGCUGUCACGAGGUGUUCUACUGUAGCAAGACGUGCAAGAUGAAGGCCUGGAACGACCGCCACAAGGAUGAGUGUGUCCGUGUACCAGUGUUUGCCGAAUCCCAAAAGAACCCCACCAAGGCAUCGCUGAUAGAGCAGAUGAAGGUCCAUCUGAAGCGUGACAGGUUAAAGGAGAAGCUGGCAAGAGGGUUACUACAGGCUAAGCCCAAAGACCCAAACAGCUCUAUGAGGAAGGCCAAAAGCAGCGAGGGCUCUCAGGAUCCAGCCACUCGGAGACGAUAUUUAGGAGCCGGGGCCAAAACCAAGACGGGCCAGCUCAACCUAGCCCAGAAACUCUCAGAGAGCCACUAUGGAAACCUGAAAGAGAACUACAGCUUCAUCUGA